AUGGAAGAAAUUUCUCAAGAAAUAUAUAUACCCGUACGUGGUUCUCCAGAAAUAAAACAAGUUAAUAUUAAAAAAGGAGAUAUUAGUAAAAUACUACAAAGUGAUUAUAAUGAUCACGUAACAAUUUUUGAACCAAAAGGUUUUCAUUUGAUUUUAUUUUGUGAUGAUGACGAUCAGAAUAAAAAACUGCCUGUAAAUCCAUUAGCAACUCGUUUAAUAAAUCAACGAACAGGACGAGAUAAUAUUCUCAUCCCAGGAUCUGCUUUAUUGUUAGAUGAUUAUAAAAAAUUAACUCUUGACGAUUUGCGCUUUUUGUUGAAAGAACCAUUUGAUAUAGAGGAGGAAAAAAUAGCUGUAAAAAAGAUGAAUGAUGUGCUUAAAGAUCUAAAAUCGCGUGGUGUAAAACACUCUAUAAUAUUUACCUAA